CCGCUUCCAUCACUGGUCCAUCGCGCUGCCUCGGCCUUGCCUUGUCGCCGUCUCCAUCGAUAACAAUGGCUCGCAACCAAGCAAAAGCACCUGCUCCCUCAUCGGGGCUUGCUGAGGCGAUCCUUGCCCAGACGCACUACCACGUCACUGGCUACCAUCAAGCCUUGCGAUAAGCACUCGCAAGCUUCGAGCUCCGAUCCUUGAUGUGUGGUCGUGGCAUCGCCAUCCCGGGCUCCACAUAUCCACUUGUGCUAUUUUUCAUAUUUCUUCAAUAUCCGCUCGCAGGGAGUUUCGCUCUGUCAAUCCAUCUCGUCGGCACCUUCACGACGUCGAUUUGGCUUCGCUUUUUGGAUACUGAAAUCUAUCCCCGCAGACAGUGCGUUUCUGGCUUCCUCGAACCGGGAAUUUGCGCCUUGCGCACUGCGUCGUUAUAAUGACGGGUGACACGACCCCUCCGUUGGUGCCGUCACCGGACAUGCUGGAAAAGAAGGAAAGUAUACAACAAAACACCGACCUCGAGGCGACCAUCGACAGAGAGGAUCCCCUUGCUCUGCUCUCCAAGAUCGAAACCAAUUCGGAUGCUCAUCCGAUCCGGUGGCCGCUAUGGAAGAAGUGGUAUAUCGUCUUCGUGUACUGCCUUCUCCAAGUCUUCGUCACCCUAACGUCGACGACGUACGUCUCGGUUGAAUUCUUGAUCAUGGAGAAGUGGACCAGCAACACACAGGUCGCCACGCUCGGCCAGAGCAUGUUCAUCGUCGGUACAGCCGUCGGGCCUGCAUUCCUUGGUCCUCUAUCCGACAUUGGAGGGCGGAAAUGGGUAUACGUGGGCUCAAUCCUGGCCUAUGCGAUUCUCAACAUCGGCACCGCUCUGGCCGACAACUUCCCAAUGUUGGUCAUCUUCUGCUUCCUCAUCGGAUGCGCGGGCUCGGUCGCCUUGUGUAAUGUUGCAGGGACCAUCGCCGAUCUCUUUGGCGACCACGAUGGGGCGGCGCAGCCUAUGGCUCUUUUCGUCCUCUCUGCCAAUUUUGGACCGAGUCUGGGCUCGCCGAUCGGAGAGUGGAUAGGCGAAAAUGAGAGCUUGGGAUGGCGCUGGAUCUUCUACAUCAAUAUCAUCAUUGGCGGUGCCUUCGCCUUGGGCCUGUGUUUCAUGCCCGAGACCCUACCCCGGAUCGUCAUUGCGAGGGCAGUCAAGAGACGGGGUAGCGUCGAUCAGAACGCCCUGGAUAUCGCAAUGGGGUCCAGCAAGCUCUCCGUGAUGCGGGAGGUGAAGUUUGUGGCGACAAUGGCGCUGAGGAUCAUGUUCACCGAGCCCAUCGUCAUCUCGCUCGGCCUAUACAAUGGGUUUGCCUAUGGUCUGCUAUUCCUCUACCUCGAUGGCGUCUUCGAUGUGUUCGUCUUCGACAACGGGCUCAGUUAUAUCGGGGCAUCAUUGACCUAUCUUAAUUUCUGUGUUGGUGUCACGGUGACAUUUAUUUUCGUCCCCGUUCAGACCUACCUCUUCCGCCGAGACAGGUUGAAGCACGGUCGCCAUAGGCCCGAAGCCCGUUUCCUCACAUCUCUGGUGAGCGUGUGGCUGUUCCCGAUCAGUCUGUUCUGGUUUGCUUGGACGUGCGAUGGCUCCGUAUCAUACUGGUCUCCAGUCGUGGCGGGCGCUGUGCUCGGCUUCUGCGACCCGCUUCUUUGGUUGGCCAUGCUCAACUACAUCACGGAUUCGUACCCGAACGUGGCCGCGAGCGCCAUCGCAGCUUUCCUUAUCCCGAGUUUCCUCAUAGCCGCGGGGUGUGCACACGCUGGUGUUGCCAUGUUUGCCAACAUGGACAUCAGAUGGGCGUUCUCAACACUGGCAUUUAUCUCGAUUGGUUUGGUGGUGUUAGUGUAUGUUCUCUUCUUCUUCGGUCCGACGUUGAGAAGGUGGAGUCCGUUGGCCAGAACGUUUUGAACGAGAGGCGGGCAAGGCAAUCACUUAGAUAGACGACGUGAGGAUAUGGGAUUGAGGGACUGGUCCAGAUUGAACGACAAAGCGCGCAGUGUACACAGUUUCGUCAAACUUUUUGAGGUUACCGCUAAUACAGUCACCUUUUGAAUCAACCCGAUCUGGGCCAUGCUGUGAGGUAGAAAAUGUUAGUUCCUUACAGCUGAAUCAGAAGAAGCUGCAGAUACAUCACGAGCCUCAGGUGCAGCGGGAGAAAAGCCGAGUCCAGAUGUCAGAUGCUC